AUGGAAGUCCUAUGCGAAGCCGACGCAUCGAAUCCUGCACAAGUCGAAAAGAAUGCGGAAGCCAUCAAGCAACGCGGCAACGAACACUUCAUGGCCAAGCGACACAAAGAAGCCGUAGAGUGCUACAGCCAGGCCAUAAGCUUGAGUGCGUCGAAUCACGUCUUGUACGGCAACAGGAGUGCCGCCCACGGUGGUCUUGGUGCCUGGGCUCUGGCUGCUGCCGACGCCAGGAGGAGUGUCGAGAUAGAGCCGGGAUAUACGAAAGGGUUCUAUCGCUUGGCACAGGCGCUCAUCGCAUUGGACGAGUCAGCUGAGGCGGAAUCGGCUAUUGAAAACGGUCUACGCGCCGAUCCCGCAGCGAACAAAGAGAUGGCUGCAUUGAAGAGAAGAAUCGCUGGCAGCCGCCGCAGACACACGCAGCAGGUUGGCAAGGGAGCAGUAGCAGCAACAGGAGGAGGGGGAGGAGUGCCAAAGAAGGCCGCGAAAAGCAUCGAUUUAGGUCGGGCCGGCCUGUACGACGACAAGGAAGCGCCCGACAACAACACUCAAGACCAGCAAGCGAACGAAGCCGGGAGCUUGAAAGCGCUGUUCUCCUCUCUGCGAGACAGCAUAGUAGCUGCUUCAUCGAACGGGUCGCUCGGCAACGGUCCCGCGCGUCACGACUUGGACGGCGUGUUCUCGAAGCUUAUCGAGCCGGAGCAAUUCCGACGAAUAGCGCUCUCCCGGCUGCCGGAAGACGAGCGCCGACAAGCGCCGUCCUCGUUUCAGGAGCUGCUCCGAACCCCGCUUUACGCGUCGGCCUUGGAAAAAGCCCUCCCUCGAGUCGUGUCCACGGCGGCUUCCGUGCUGGAAGGAGUCAAGAGGAGGGGGCGCGAACAGGGGGACAUCAUGGACUCCGCCACCGAGGAGGCUCUCAAACCCCAGGUUUUGCAGGAGGCGUUUGCGCGUGAGGUGAUCGGCGUCAUCACCAUGGUACAGGCGACGGCGAGGGCACAGGCGGUAAUAGAAGCGGGGAAGGUGGCGUCGCCGGUCUGCGAAGAAGCUUCUUGGGAUCAACUACACGACACUACCGUGGCCGACCUGUCGAGAAGGGGGAGGCGUUUUUCCGUCCAGGACUCGUUUCUUGGCGAGGAGUGGGUGUCCCCGCUGCUGGAGGACAGCGCUCGGUUCCAGGCCGCCGGCAAGCUGCACCCCCUCGGCCUCGAGCCUGAGCACGGCGAGAUGGCGUGGGUUGAGCCCGACAACCUGGAGUUCGGCUUCCCCGCCCUUCACGAGCUGGUCGUCAACUUGCACGCUCUGGCUUUCGAGCUCAAUCUAAAGGAUCCCAAGCUGGGGCUCCGCCGGGCAUUCCAGGGAUCGACGAUGCUGCUAAGGCUAACAGAAGGGUGCCGGGUGCCGGUUCGUCUGGACAGCGUCGCCGGUGGGGCGGAGACAGGGCACAAGAUCUCCGCGGUGUACUUCGUCGGGCGAAAGGGAGGCAGUGAUGCCGACAAAUCACAGCAGGCUUUGAGCGAAGAAGGCGACGCAAUCAACGCCGGAGGGCAGUUGAGACUCAAGAACAUGGAGACGAACGCCCCUCUCGCGGAAGGCAUUGUCGGUGGCAGCAGCGGUAAUGCAUCGCCUCUCGAAGGUAACCCGCCGCAGGGAAGAGAAGAAGUCAACACCUCUACCUUGGACGGUAGCAGAAACACCGACGUGAAUGGCGGCGGAAGCGCGCCCGAUGGUUUAGGGUUUGCAGGACCGCGGGGGGGGAAGGGGGGUGAAGAGUCUACUGUGGGACAGGGGGCAGUUGUCGAGUUGGAGCCUACGGCAGACCGACUGGUCAUGUUCCGCAGCGACUGCGUCUCCACCCAGACCCUGGAGGUCUUGGGCCACGAGCGAGAGCAGUACGCGAUGUUGUUCUGGAUGCACGGGGCGAGGGGUGGGGCCGGCGACGUUGCUGGCGGUGAUGGUGGUGGUGGCCUUAAGACGGAGGCGGAAGACCUGUCUCCGUCUUCGCAGAGGGAAGAUGGUGGCGAGGAGAAGGACGUCGGCAAGGGAACCGGCUUGUGA